UCUUCCAACACCUGAACGCCUCACGGCUUGGACGACUGUUGAACGUGUGACGUAGUUUUGUCUUCCUCUCACUCAUCCCGUGGUUGAAUUGAGAGCUAACUGGUAGCUAACAGUGCUAGCAGCGCUUUUGUUUUACUGUCAAGGAUACGGUUGUUUUGAGGACCAAUUUGGUGAAUUUGACGGCGGAGUAAAGGAACAGACGCCAAGUUUAAGUAGACAUAAGUUCGAAAUUUUCUUUUGAAAGAAAGAAAAAUCGAGUGAAACCUUCAAAUUGAGCCAUGUACAAUGGCAUCGGCCUGACGACUCCGCGGGGCAGCGGCACCAAUGGAUAUGUGCAGCGCAACCUGUCGAGUCUGCGGGUCAAGCGCCCGCGAGACGAGCGUGGCGGCGAGCGAGAUGAGAAGGACCGGGAGAGGCUGGAGAGUCAGCUGAACCGGCAGCCCAAUGCGGACAUCCUGGAGCAUCAGCGCAAGAGGCAGCUAGAGGUCAAAUGUGCUGAACUACAAGACAUGAUGGAGGAGCAAGGGUAUUCUGCCGAAGAGAUUGAGGAGAAGGUGAACAGUUUCAGGAUGAUGCUUCAGGAAAAAGAGGAGCCUCCUCCCUCCAGCACUCAGAAACCAACCGCGACAGAGACUCAUGCCAUGGCUGCUGCAAACCAGCAGAAGAACGACCGUCUUCGUGCCGCUUUUGGCAUCUCCAGCGACUACGUGGACGGAUCGUCCUUCCACGCCGACCGCAAGGAGAAGGAGAAGGAGAAGAGGGAGCAGGAGCGUCUGGAGAGGGAGAGGCUGCAGCAGCAAAAAUAUACACUGGUAGAAGAUUCAGAUGAUUCCGACUCCCCUCCAAAGAAACGCGGCAAGAAGAAGAAGAAGAAGAACAAGAAACGAGACAGCUCAGAGAGUUCGUCCCCAUCUCCUCACAGAGAAAAAAAAUCCAAAAAGAAGAAAAAGAAACGGGAGGUGUCAGAGGAUGAAGACGACAGUGCUUCAGAUGAGAAGAAGAAGAAAGUCUCCAAAAAGAAGAGGAAGAGGAGUAAAAGUAAAAGUCCUCCAAAAAGAAAUGCAGGUCGACAAAGGAGUGAAUCCUCCAGCUCAGCUCAGAGCAUCAGCAGCACGUCUCCAUCUCCUCCAAGAAUGCGGCAGCAGGGUCAAACUGCCAGGAAAAAUGAUGAAGGUAGAAAAGGGAGACCUGCAGACAGAAGGAGGCGCAGUCCUGAGGAGCACAGCCCUCAACGUCCAGGAGGGGAGGGGAGGAGGAUCCAUCUGGAGAGAGAGAAGGAGCGACCCAGGAGGCAUGACUCCUCAUCCCCAUCUCCCCCUCCACAGGCCACAGAGAAGGAGAAAGGAAGAAGAUCGAGGAGUAAACAGAAGGAGAGCAACAGAGGGAGGCGCUCCAGAAGCAGAGAGAUGGAGAAGAGGAGGCGGUCAAAAAGUGUUGAGGUGGAGAAGCGGAGGCGCUCCAGAAGCAUUGAGGUACAGAAAAGGAGGCGCUCAAGGAGCGUAGAGAUGGAGAAAAGGAGGCGUUCAAGGAGCAUUGAACCGCAGAAAAGGAGACGAUCAAGAAGUAUAGAAAAGACGAAGACAAAGGAGAGUAUACCUCAGAGGACCAGACAUGACUCCUCCUCUCCAUCUCCUCCUAAACAAGAAGUGAGGAGAGACAGAAACCGAGAGCCUGCAGCGGAGGGAAACAGAAAGGUGAGGCGGGACUCCUCUUCUCCUUCGCCUCCUCCUGAAAAAGAGAGGACAAAGGCGGUGAAGGGACCGGACGAGAACUGGAAACUCGAUGGCAAAAGGUCAGAAAGAGAACCAUCUCCAUUCCAGCAGAGGAGCGACAGAACCAGGAGCAGGCGUUUGUCUCGCGGCUCCUUGUCACCUGCCUCCCGUUCUCCGGUCAGCAGGGUCCAGAAACGAGAACAGGAGGACAAGAGGAGUCAAAUAACAAACAGGGAGAGGUCCAAGGAGAGGGACAGGUAUCCAAACAGGCAGAGGGAGGCGGAGUCUGGUAGAAGUAGAGAGGAGGUCCAGGUUCCCUCGUUUGCAGACAGAAGAGACGGAUCGAAACCUUCGGAGAGGCUGCGGAGCGACCGCCCUGAGACAAGCGAGAGGCAGACAAAGACGAGAAGCCCUGCGAAAGAAAAACCGUCUGAGGACAAGACCAAGCGGGUGGAGAAACGAAGAGAAAGCAGCAGCAGCGGGAGCAGCAGCAGUGGGAGCAGCAGCAGCAGUGACAGUGAUAGUGACAGCUCCUCAUCCUCCUCUUCAUCCUCCAACUCCUCAGUGUCCUCCAAAGAUCAGGAUCGAGCUGGACCAGCAGGGAAGGACCGGAGCAGUCCCAAGAAGAAGGAUCUGUCUGCUAUCGGAGCGGCAGUUCAAAGGUACAUCACCAACGGAAGAAAAGAAGUCGCUCCUCCGGAAGGAGCUAAGCGAUCCCAGAUGGACAGCAGCUUUGGAGGAGACCGGCGUGAGGGGGAGAGGCCUCCCCGCAGAGCUCCUGCAGAAGAAACCAAGCUUCCAGCUAAAGGACAGGAGCGCUACAGUCCCACACAGAUGGACAGCCCGGGUUCUCCUCCCUCCCCACCCAGCAGAGCAGACGACAGAGUCCGGGGCCGGUUUUCUCCUCCUGAGGAGAAAGGAGGUCAGAGGGAGCGAGAAACCAACAGGGAUGGAAUCAGAAGAACAAUCAGGCAAAGCUCUCCCCCCAGAAGGUCUCCUUCUCCUCCACAGAGGACGCACUCCCCUCCUCAUCGCACCCCACCAAGGCAGUACCAAGAACCCCCGCCUCGGACCAGGAGAGCCUCUCCUCCUCCAGCUUGGUUGGAGCGUGAACGAGAGAGGCAAAGGGAAAGGGAACGAGUCAGACCCGGCAGGAAUUCAAGGUCCAGAAGUCCCAGGAGGCGGGUCAGUUCCAGGUCCAGAAGUCCAAGGAGACCCCUUAGCUCUAGAAGUCCAAUGAGACGCAUCGGUUCCAGAUCUAGAAGUCCAAGGAGAAGUCCGAGGAGGCCCGUCAGUUCCAGAAGUCCGAGGAGACGCGUCAGUCCCAGAUCCAGAAGUCCAAAGAGGACCAUUGGAUCCAGGAGUCCAAAGAGACGCAUCAGUUCUAGAUCCAGAAGUCCUAGAAGAAGCAGCAGGUCCACAUCCAGAACUCUAAGAAGACCAAGUCCUUUGGUCAGGCCCCGCCGGUCGCCGUCUCCUCCUCAGCGCCGCAAACCGAGUCGCUCGCCGUCCAGAGAGAAGGACAAGGCGAGACCGAGGGAUGCAGCUCAAGAAAGGGGCAGGGCCAAGGAGCCCGUGGUCACAAAAGAGACUCCACAACUCAGUAGAUCCUCCUCAUCGUCUUCGUCCUCCAGCUCCUCCUCCUCUUCGUCCUCGCCUUCUCCGUCACCAGAGAGGAGAGACACAAAAGGAGCGGCGGAGAGGGAGCGGAGGCCGGGUCGGGUGGAGGCAAAGCAGUCGGAUGGGGAGCAGAAAGGUCAAGCUCCUCCCAGAGACUCCUCCCACCCGCCAGCCUCCAGCAGAAGAGCCGCGCCGGCAGACUCGCAGCGCUCUGAUUCCGCCACAAAGUCUCCAUCCAGCCAAUCAGAGAGCAGACAGCCGGCGCAGGCUCCCAGCAGGAAGCUGCCGUCACCUCCACCUCAAACGGUCAGGAAGACCGGCGCUGCGAACGGGAACCAGGCCAAAGCCAGCCAGAAAAGCAGCAGCAGCAGCUCCUCUUCAUCCUCCUCAUCCUCCUCGUCAUCCUCGUCUUCAUCUUCAUCCUCCUCGGACAGCUCUGAUUCUGAGGAAGAUCAAGUCAAAGGGAAGCCGGUGAAAGCCCAGAACUCUCCUUCAUCCUCAUCUUCCUCCUCUUCAGAUGAUGAGAAGAACAUCAAGAAAAAGAGCAGCCCCUCUACGCGUCAGCGGGUGCCAGCUGAUUCCCUCAGAGAUUCCCGCUCACUCAGUUAUUCUCCUCCACGCCACGUGAGAGCCACGCGCUCCCCGCCGCCCAAACGCAGGAGCAACAGCAGACAGUCACCGAGCUCCCGGCGGAGGACCUGAGCCCACGCCGUGGCCACGCCCCCUCCUUCCUGUUCUGUGUACAGAGCCGGGCGUCAGCGGUGUCAUGCGAACGUGUUUGUUCUGCAGGGAUGGACGGCUGCUGCUUCUUUUUAUGAGCUGAACUGGAAAACUCCACAAACAGUUCAAGUAACCCUGAAACUGCUCGUCUGUCCUGAACCGAUCGUUCUCCUGUAGAAAUGAGCCGUCUGGAGUUUGGUAUUAUCACGUAACUGAUGUGACUUUAGUGAAAUGUUAGACAAAUCGGAAUUGUGGUUUAUUUCUUUGUUGAAAGUCAUAAAAUAAAACUUAACUGUACAUUUUA